CUACUGAGAUCACGAGUAUACCCCCCUACGCCCUUCUAUCUCUCUCCCAGUGUAUAAGAUCUCUGAUUCCAGAUUUCAAAAUGAAGCCGUAUUCUGUCUUAUUAACGUAGCUUUUCACAGGACAGACCUUUCGAGCCAAACACCCCACACCUACUCAAUUCAAGCCUAUAAAUCCGUAAUCCAAGGUGGGUUUUGCGAGCACUCGCUCUCUCCCUUGAUAGCUUUACAAGGGAAGUCAUGGGUCGUCCUCCAAGUAAUGGCGGGCCUGCGUUUCGCUUCAUGGCCACAGAGGUCGCGGAGAUGGAAAGCAUUUUGCAAGAGCACCAUAACAGUGUACCAGUCCGGGAGGUUCUUGUGUCACUUGCAGAGAAGUUCAGUGAAUCAGCGGAAAGAAAAGGCAAGAUUGUAGUACAAAUGAAGCAAGUUUGGAAUUGGUUUCAAAAUCGGCGUUAUGCAAUUAGGGCAAAAUCAAGCAGGGCUCCUCUGAAAUUAAAUGUAACACCUAUGUCUCGAGAUGAUUCUGUUCCUGUGAGAGCUGUUCCUCAACCUGUAGCAGCUCCUAUACCUGCUCCAAUGCCUGUACCUACGCCUACGUCUGCCCCUGUUCCUACAGUUCCAUCUGCUGCAAGGGGGUUUUCAGAAAAUUCUUAUAAUAUGGAGUUUGAGGCUAAAUCUGGAAGGGAUGGUGCAUGGUACGAUGUUGCUGUGUUUCUAGCCCAUAGAUACUUGGAGACGGGUGAUCCAGAAGUACAGGUUCGAUUUGCUGGCUUUGGGCCUGAUGAAGAUGAGUGGGUAAAUAUUCGCAAGCAUGUCAGGCAGCGUUCUCUUCCAUGUGAAGCAUCAGAAUGUGUGGCAGUUCUUCCUGGAGAUCUCAUACUCUGUUUUCAGGAAGGAAAAGACCAGGCUCUUUACUUUGAUGCCCAUGUACUUGAUGCUCAAAGACGGAGGCAUGAUGUAAGAGGUUGUCGUUGCAGGUUUCUUGUGAAAUAUGAUCAUGAUCAGUCUGAGGAAAUUGUACCGCUAAGAAAGGUUUGUCGCCGGCCUGAAACUGAUUACAGGCUACAACAACUUCAUGCUAUGAAUGACUCAGCAACCGCUGACCUGCACAAAGGUAACGUGGAUCCCUCUGCGGCCAGUGCCCCUAGGGAUUUUGGUUCAUCUGCUGAAAUGUUUCCAAAUCCAUACGUAGCAGAUCAAUCCACGACCACACCAUCUCAACAGACCUCAGUUGUCUCUGCAGGUGCCAAAAUUGCGAUUCCAGAACCCAAAAGUGCCGAAACUGUUGUGACCGUCAAUCUGGGAAACAACUACACUCCUGGUGAUUCUAGUGUGAAGAUUGGAACUGCUCCUGGUUUCGUAUCUGGUGAAAACAUGCAGGCAGUAUAAGAAUAGGUGGUUGAUUCGACCCUUUUGUUGAAGAUAUUUUCUUAAAUUCUUUAGUAAGCCAUAGUUACAACUAGGGAGGAUUAACAAACUUUGCCGGUAUAUCUCAGCGGGCACUUUGAUUAUGGAAUUUUUCAUUUUUUUUUGGUGCAAGAAAGGCAUAGGUAACAGACUCAGACAUGCUUUUGAACUUUUGGCCUCAAAUGCUUUGAAAGUAAUACCAUCUGUUAGCCCUUGUGCAUUAUAGUUCU